UCCAACCACUUUCAUAUGGAAUUCCCGUGCGGAUUCAGAUCCACCGUCGAUAUCAUCCCCUGAACGUUCCAACCGCCUAUUUACAGCGUCACCUCUUCCCCAUUACGACGCAAUGUGAUCGCCUCCGGGAUCCCGAUGGCCGGUUACUCCCGUAUAGAAAUUUUAUGCGUCGGAAUGGACCUUUCUCCGCGCUUACUUGCGUGUUAGAGAGGAGGAGAGAGGGGGGAACAUUAUUCGUUUCUUAUAUUCGAAGAGAAACUAAUCACAGUCCAUUUAUUAGGCUUUUUUUUUUUCAGUUCGAGAAUUCCGACAUCGAUCAUCGAAUCUGAAGAAAGAAUCGAGGGUUUUGAAGAAGAAAUCCGAGAAAAAGUAGCGUGGAAUUGGCCGUCAGGCGCGGAGGGCUGCGAGGAUUGGUAUGUAGAUCCAGCAAUGGGAGGCGGUAUUGAAGAAAUCUAGGGAUUUUGGUGGAAUCCAGGGUUCUUCAAGGAGGAGGAGGAGGAGGAGGAGAUGAAGGUGGUGGUGGGGAGCCCAGGCACUUGGACUGGGUUGGUGCUGAGGAUCGGGCAGUGUGCCUUCGCCGGCGCUUCGAUUGGGAUUAUGGUCUCCGCUCUAGGGUUCUCCAACUAUACCGCUUUCUGCUAUUUGGUCGCUUCUAUGGGAUUACAAGCAUUAUGGAGCUUGGGACUUGCAUGUCUUGAUAUCUAUGCCUUAAAGAUUAAAAGAGAUCUGCAUAAUCCUGUGUUAGUAAGCUUGUUUGUGGUCGGUGACUGGGUAACAGCAACUCUAUCACUUGCGGCAGCAUGCUCUUCAGCAGCUGUAACAGUUUUAUUUGCAAGAGAUACAGGCUUCUGCAGAUCAAUUCCUCAAUUCUCAUGCGGCAAGUUUGAAGUCUCCAUUGCAUUGGCUUUUAUCGCAUGGCUGCUAAUUGCCAUAUCAUCCCUAGUGAUGUUUUGGCUCCUGGCAUCAGUUUGACUGGCCGUGUAUGUUCUCUCUUCUUGUGUUAUUAAUUACUGCUAAAAAGCAAUGAAAUUCGCCAUAAUUCAAAAAAUUGGUCCAUUGGUUUGAGCUGCAAUUCACUUCUCGAGUCACAGAACAUGUUUGAUGUAUAUUUGCCUCUAAUAUAAAGGCCUAUUUCAGGGGGCUGGUUUAGUCGACUCCAUACACACUCUGGUGUCAUGCAUCAUCAUGCUUCCUCUUGUAAGGUUUUUUAUGGACGAAGGUUGUAAAGCAUGAAAGAGGAAGAGCCGCAAGAAGAGACGGGAAGCGAAAGUGAAUGAUAAUGAUAACUCUGGUCUCCAUAGAUGGCGACGUAGAUCGGUUCAUUUGUUCGCAAGGGAUGUUCUAGCACCGAUCCUCGUGGAUCACAUGACAUACAAGAAAUUUAUUACAUGAAUCAGGUCCAAUGAAUCAGUCCAAAUCUCAGGGCAUAUGUACGGUGGAUAAUAGGCAUCCUCAUUUGAUCUUGAAUUGUUUAAAUACAAUGGGGUAAUGUGGCGAGUGACUAUUGGACUGGUCUACUGGAUCCUGUCCAUCUGAUAA